AAAAGGAGAUAUAGUCAGCUAAUCCUUAACCUCACACAGUCGCACCUCAAUCCUUAAACUCACAAAUCCAACCCAAGUUAGAGAACAACACCAUGAAAUCCAUCUCUGCAACAUUCUGCAUCAUCUUCUUCUCUCUUCUCCUGUUCGUCGGCCUCAGUUGUGCAAGAAAAGACGCGGGAGAUUAUUGGAAGAACAUGGUGGAGAAUCAACGUGUGCCGGAAGCCAUUAAAGACCUGCUUGUUCAGGAUUCUGCAUCACAACUAUCAGAAGCGGAAAAUAAGAAGGAUCGCUUUGAUAGGGACUUUGAUAUAAAACCUAAUGUUAUAAUAUAUCACUCCCAUGAUGUCUCUGAAAAGACGAAGCCCUCUGUCAAGCACUCACCUUGACCCAACUGUCAAUAAGGGUUGACUUCGGGGGCAAAAACUAUAUUUAUAAAUUUGGUAAUAUCUCUAGCUACUACAUGAGGUUCAGGUAAAAAAAAAAAAAAAAAGCCACUACAUGAGGUUUGUAUCACUGAUAUAUAUAUAUAUAUAUAUAUGAUGAAGUAUAUUUACUGUGUUGUACUGAGAUGUGACAAGUAUAUUUAAUUUAAAAAACCAUUAAAUAUUAAUGUUACAAAUUAAUGAUUAAGAA